GCGGCAGCUGUGUGUGGCUGAAGCACAGGUGAUUUUCGUUGUCGUUGUUUGAGUGGCUGAGGCGCGUUAAUUUUGUUUGAGAAUGUCGUUCACGUUGAUUGCUUCUUUUCUUUCCCCAUAAGUGCGAAGCGCUGGCCGUGUUGUCGCCGAACGUUGAGCUUCGCCACGUCCCCUAGUGACGCAAAUUCUUAGCCGCCCCAGCUUUGAUCCCUCAAAGGUAAACCCGAGCGCUCCACGGACGUUAGGCUUAGCUCGACGUCGGCGUCCGAAGCGCCCAGUGGUCCGAGCGUCGCGUCGUCCGAGGCUUCGUGGGAGCUGUUGGCGGCAUGCGUUGAAGGCAGCGCUUACGGCAGGCACCGUGCUCUGCUGUGAAGGACAGCACAUCGUGUGUUGAGCUAAACUGCGGCAACUCACGGCAGUGACCAUGUCGGUGCACUACAAGUUCAAGAGUAGCCUGGACUUCGACACAGUGACCUUUGACGGCCUGCACAUCUCAGUGGGCGAACUCAAGAAAAACAUCCUUCAGCAGAAGAAGAUUGGUAAGGCAGCUGACUUCGACCUGCAGAUCACCAAUGCACAGACCAAGGAAGUGUACACAUCCGAUGACUACCUGAUUCCCAAGAACACAUCUGUGAUCGUCGCCCGUGUCCCUGUCACCACCACGGGCAGGAAGAACUGCAGCAGGGAGCGCAACCGUGAUGGCGAGCACUCAGUCCCGGACACUAGUUCUCCUGGUCGUAAUUAUGAAAAGCUGGCCAAGACUGCAGAUCUGGCCAACUCGUCAGCCAGUGAGGAUGACAAGAUCAAGGCCAUGAUGUCCCAGUCGUCGCAGGAAUAUGACCCUUCCAAGUAUGUGAAGAGCCGUAGCAUGACGGGGCCACUACCUCCCAACUACACCUGCUUUCGGUGCGGCAAGAGUGGACACUGGAUCAAGAAUUGCCCCACCAACAAUAUUGAGGUGAAGCGGAGCACAGGCAUCCCACGCAGCUUCAUGGUGACCGUGGAUGGUCCCGACCACAAGGGGGCGCUACUCACCAGCACGGGCGAGUUUGCCGUGCCGUUGAUUGACCACGAGGCUUACAAGGAGGUCAAGAAGGAGAAGCCUCCCUUUGUGCGGGAACCCACGCCAGAGCCCGUGCAGGAGCCGCAGCUGCCGGACGAGCUGCUCUGCAUGAUCUGCCACGACCUGCUGCAGGACGCCGUGCUCAUUCCCUGCUGCGGAAACAGCUUCUGCGAUGAGUGUGUGCGCCAAGCACUUCUGGACUCGGAGCAGCACGAGUGCCCCGUCUGCCACGAGACUGACAUUUCGCCCAACAAUCUCAUCCCCAACCGCUUCCUGCGCACUGCGGUGCUCAACUUCAAGAACGAAACGGGAUACACGCGGAUCCGACGUGGUCAGGUGGCAGCUGCCUCUGCCAGUGCCGCCACUGGGGCCACCAGUACUAGCGCAGCUUCGUCUCCGCAGCUUGCGGGUGGCGACGAAGGCUCGGCCACCCCUCCUCCGACACAGCCCGACGAGCAGGACACUGACAAGAAGUCGUCACCAGAGAAGAAGGCCCCAGAGAGCCCCAAGGAGGAGAGGACGGCCGAAGAAGAGGCGGAUGAAAGCACUUCGUUGGAAGUGGCAGGGGCCGCUGUUUUGGACGACACGAGCCGGAGCCCAGGCAUCGGCACGCCUAGCGAGAACCCACCGGGAACACCCCUUGCGGACGAGAAUCCCGAUGAGCCUGCGGGGCCAAGCCUGGAUGAGGCUCUGACCAUGUCGCCCCAACACCGGUCUCACGACGAGAACUCUCCACCGUCUCGCACGCAACACACGGGUGGAAGCCCGUCGUCGCUCGGCAACGGCGAGGAGAGCGUGUGCGCCAUUGCCACUAUCACAACGCGAGUGCCAUCGUACACGGGACCCAUUACGCUGCCAGGACGUUCAAACCGAGAUCCUCCAAUGGACCAUCCUAGGGUACCAUCUGGGCGAGGCUCGCUCCACCGUUCAAGCCGACAUGGAGGAGGAGACUAUGGACAUCAUCGGUCACGUCACGACUAUGGUCCAGGUGGCAGCCUCCGAUCAGGUGGUGACUACCGCUCGGGUGGGUACCCCCCAUAUAGCGGCAGCAGUGGAGGGAUGAGUGGAGGCAGCAGUGGGGGCAACUACCCUCCGCCACCCUUGCACCUGCCCCCACCUCCACAGGGACACCACAUGGCACCGCCCAACCUGCCUCCACCCCCAUUCCCUGGACAGGCGCCGCCCCCUGGUCUGACUGGGAUGAACGUGGUCCCUCCGCACUUCCCCGUGCCAUCUGGAGCAGGCUACAUCCCUCCGGCCAAGCCAUUCGGUCCAGGAGAUGACUACCACGGCAGGAGGAGCCGCAGUCGGCGGGCGGGCGACCCCCUGGAGGAGUUUGAAAAGCGCCUGCGUGACCUGCACCGCAACCGGCAUCGCGAGCGGCGGGAACGGCGCAGUGGCCGCUCGCACUCCAAGACACGCUCCCGGUCCCGCUCGUCGUCCUACAGCCGGUCGCGCUCCAAGUCGCGCGGGGGCCGCAGCAGUGCUGCCUCCCGGUCCUACUCGCCCCGCUCGCCACACUCGCGCUACAGUGGCAGUUCACGCUCCUACUCGCCGCACUCCAGGUCAUACACACCGAGGUCACGGUCAAGGUCGUACUCGAGGUCAAGGUCGAGGUCACGGUCACCCGUGCGACACCGCCGGUCCAGGUCACCGCGGAGCCCUGGAGGUGGAGAGGGACGCCGGCGGGCGGGCUCGAAGAGCCCUCAUGGACGGCGCUCCCGAAGUGGCAGCUACAGGUCGCGCUCGAGGUCUCCCGGCCGAUCCACACGGCGCACGCGACAUCACUACCAUGGCGGCAGCCACGGAAGCGGCCGUGCAUAUCGCCGCUCUCGCACUCCUCGCUCUCCGCGAUCCUAUCACCACCACCCACUGCCGCCACCUCCACCCCACCACUUGGGUCCCCCGCCCCACGGCUACCGAGGCCGCUCGCCAUCAUUUCGUGGAGCUCGCCGUGGCUUCUAUGGGGGGCCACCCGGUGGCUACCCGCAUCACCCGGGCUACCCACACCAUCCCUCCGAGCACAUGGUGCCACCUGUUGAGUUCGACGGCCGCGGUGGACACUACUAUCCACCGCAUCACCACCGUGACGGUGUCGGUGCUCCCUACCGUGGCUACCCGCCUGGCUACCCUCCGGGGGCACUACCUCCUCCGCCACACCGUGGCGACAACCGUGGGAACGAUCGCUACGAAGGUGGCGGACCACCAGGUCCGUUGGGGAUGCCUUCUCGAGCAUACCACGCCGAUCCUGGGAGCAGGAGAGAAAGGUCAAGAGGUGACUACCCUCCUCCACCAGAGGUGGUGUCUGAGCGAUCGCCCAAGGGUAGCCGGGAGAGCCGUUCCCGUGAACAUCGCCGGCAUGGCGAGGCCAUCACAACGCCCCUGGUUGUGUCAAGGGAAGGCACGGAAGGCAAAGAGGGCGCCCGCCUCGAGGCUGAAGGCCCCGUCAAGACCCGCAAGAGGUCCAAGGAUAAGGAAGAGAAACUUCUGCGGCACAAGCACCAUCACAAGUCCAAGGAGUCCAGGAAGGAGUCAAAAGAAAGGGCAGCAGGCGUUCAGGAGGGUGCUGUCAAGAAGGCAUCGAAGGUAUCUGCAGUGGUUCCACCAGAAGGGGAAAAGCAAGCUGUUGAAACUAAAGUGGAGGAGCCACCUGCCUCCACCAAAGAGACGGCCAAGACGUCCCGGGAUGCCGCGAAGGCCGAAGGCGAGGAGACUCUCUCGGAAGGUGCCGCAGCUGUGAAGGAGCGCAAGCACAAGCACAAGAAAAAGCUGAAGCAAGAAGAGGCGCUUAAAAAAAUGGCCGCCAAGAUGGCUGGCAGAACAUCGGAUGAGUCCAGCCAGCAGCUGCCCGGUGCUGACGACGAGCCGCUCAAGCGCAAAAAGAAGAAAAAGAAGCUACGUGAAGCGAGGCUGCUGACUAAGUCGCUGCUCCUGACGCCUCCGGAUUUGAGCCGCGAGCAGUCGAUGGUGGCCUUCCUGACAGCGGAGCUCGAGCAAGGUGUUCCAGAUGCUGCCAGACUGUCAAAGAUAGAGGAGCAGCUGGAGCUGGCUAAGAAAAAGUUGCUCAGUGACGAGAGAGAGGAGGCCAAGGGCGAAGUGGCAACGCCGGAGGAAACUAGAGGCCGCGCAAAAGCAACACAGGACACUGUCGACACAAUCUGGGACAAGACCGAGCUCGAGCCAGAGCAAAAGGAAGGUGCUGCACCCAAGGAGGAAGAAAACGUGCUGCAAGUGGAAGUGCCCGAGCUCUCCAAAUGGGAGAGGGAGGAACUUGAGGGAGAAGAGUCUCCGCUGCCUCCAAAUGAGCCAGUGGAGGAGGCCAAGGAAACCAAACCCGUGGUGUCUUCAGAAGUGCUUCAGCGUGCCGAGAACGUGCUGCUACACAAACCGCGGAAGAAGGCCAUGGUGGCAGUCGCAGCAGCUACCGCAGCACUUGCUAGGCCAGCCACCGCAUCGGAGCCAAAAAAGCUGCCAUCGAAAGUGGCUUCACCAGAUGACUCACAGCCAGUGCCCGCAGACGAGUCUUCUUCGCAGUCUAGCAUUCGUGAGGUUAAAGAAGGCUGGAGGGACCCAUCGGUGCCACUAAGGCUGAGAGACCGGCUGGAUGGCACUCUGCAAGUCACGAUCACUUCCUCUACGGAAAAGGAAAGGCGAUCGGUCACCACAUCUGACAAAGAACAGCGGGGAAGCUCAUCCGAAGGCACCCAGCAGACCAAGAGGAUCAAGCUCGAUAGGUCCAAGUUCGGGGAGAAGCAUAGCCGGGGCGAAGGUGGCGAGGCGAACGACGGCGCAAAGUCACUCAAAUCGAGCAGCCGUCGCGAUGAUCGUGGUGGAAGCAGGUUAGAUGAUCGUGCUCAGUCGGAUCACGACCGGAGACUUCCACCGGAGGACAUCAGGUCGAGGCUGGAAGACCGCAGAGCAUUGGAGGCAGCGGGGCAUAGUCGAGUACUUCCACCUGGUCGGGGUGACCGUGACCUUUCCAGGUCUUCGAGGUCUGGAAGGCCCCGGGAGAAAGAGUUGACGCACCGGUCAAGCAGCCGAGACAUGCAUCCUGAUGAACGACGCCGCCACAAGGAAGAGCGGUACUAUGCUGCCAUGAUGGAGGAGCGAGCAAGGAGAGCAUACGAGGAGGCCCACUACAAGCGAAUGGAAGUGGAGAUGUCGCAUAGCAGACGCAAGGCACCAGAUGAACAUCGUUCCCGCCACACAGCAGAAGAGGCUGAACGGCUCCGGAUGCAUGAACGACGUGUGGACGCACCACGGCUGCGAAGCAAGAGCGCAGACCGUGGUAAUGCUGAGGACCACCACCGAGCUCGCCGGGGUGACUGGCCUGCCGAGCAAGCGGCAGCUGGAGGCUCUCUGUCUGUGGUGUCUCAGCCGUCGCAGCGGUCGAGGAGUAGAGACAAGAGUGAAAAGGAACGACAGCGCCACCAUAAGGAAAAGACCUCGCACGUUGCGGUGUCCUCUGCAGCGACUGUGUCGGCUGCUGGAGGCAGCGUUGCAGGCGGCCAGGAGAGCCGAUCGCUGCCAUCGACAGCUGCAAAGCAGCCAGAAAAGAAGGUGUCCCCGACGUUGGCAUCCUUGGAGUCGGAACUGCGGCACCGGAAGGAGUCAACACAGGACGAGUCGCGCUUCGAGCCAGACUACGAUGAGAUGAUCGAAGACGAGCCCGGUUCCAGCGGCACCACCGAUCCUGCCCUUUUGCAGGGAGGGGGCAAGAGCGGCAGUGCCAAACGAAGGGCGGUCGCGGUCGUCGAACCGCUAGCCGGUAAGAAGUCGCGGCUGGCCGAAGAGGAGGGGUUGGCACCCGCAAAGUCAAGCGCGAGCCCGGCUGCGUCAGCGGCUCCGGCGUCGUCUGCUGUGGUGGCAGCGGCGGCUGUGGUGCCGCCAGUGUCAGCAGACGACGACCGGAGCAGCAGCUCCUCGUCGGAUUCGAGCGACGAAGGGGCCACCUCACACAAGAAACACAAGAAGAAGCACAAGAAGCAUAAAAAACAUAAGCAUAAGCACAAGAAGAAGAAGAAGUCCAAAAAGGCUGAAAAGUCGGACUAAACAAGACCGAGUGCUUCAUUUUCUUUUUUCUUCAUUGCUCAUUUCUCCCAUUUUGCUCAUCAUCAUCUGUUUUUCUAUCUUUUUUUUUUUCUUCAGUUGUUUGCUCACUGAGGAGGCCGUUGGCUGUCCUUGUGUUCUUAGUACCUCAGAGAGGACAUUGUGCUUCCCAUCCUUCAUGUUGUGGCCCUUUUGGCAAGGUAUUUGCCAGGAUGGUGUCUAGGGCAUUGAGACAGUAUUUGCUCAUUUGAAUACCAUAAAAGACUACUUUACAGUUAAGUACUUGUUAAAGUAUCAUGGCAGGGGCCCUUGAUUUAGUUGUUUACUUGAACUGCUCUGCGGUGAUGCGUUUUGAAAUGCCAUGUUCCAGUGAUCACUAGAUCUUCUGGCGCGCAGCAUAAGAAGUGCUUUGUGCAGCGACUGGGGCCACAUCGCUAAGGCAAUACAUACCAGCCUUCUAAACAGGUUGAGUUUCGCUACAGAAAACGAAGAGUGCUAUGAUGCAGAGUCUGGAUAGAUAAUGCGGAUGCCCAGUUUUGUCCUGUGUGGCUGUCACAAGCUUAGCAGCAUAAUAAUCAACGUGACAUUGUGGUAGCUAGCUGUUUUUUGGCUGUGUACUUUCUCUGAUGCAUGCACGGUUUGCCUGGUGACCGAAGAGUAGCUGAUGAGCGUCAGUCUUUCUUUUUAGUCUUUGAAAUGAUGAGGGCCUCGAGCCUUCACCUUGCAAUGGCUUGACACAGUUAUCUGUAAAUUUGUCACAACAGAAGUCAAUCAUUCAACUGUGCGUGUGUGCUGCUGUACAAGCAUGUCUCACGAAUUGACCAAAUGAGCUGCUGUGUGUUUCGUCUAUUUAGUGACACUGUGUGUCUGUUGAUGACUGGAUGUGCAGUCUGUAAAUAGUAGUGUUCUAUACCAAAUAAAAAAAAGAAAGAGCCUAUUUUUAAAAA